CAUCAUAGCAAAGUUCUUAUCAUUGCGUUUGCCCCUGGAAUCUCAGAUGGGGGGCUCGAGCUAUUCUAACGUAGAUUGUGACGAAGUGAGAGUAUCGGUUACUCCAUCUCAGAAGCAAGAAUUGAUGAAAUUUGAACUUCUAUCUCUCAAUACUGACUUUCCUCCUAGUUGUGAUGGUGAUAAUAGUUCUGUGAAUGAGGGUUGUGAAUCGCCUUUAUCAUCAUGGGAUUCUGAACCUGAAACUGAUAUCCCGUCUUUGAUCAAUUGUGAUGGCAUGCCUGAUCAAGGAUCCCUUCAAAGUAUUAACCUGGAAGAGAACUAUCUUGGUAUGGAGGAACAAAACCAGUUUGUUGGGGUCGAAAACACGGAUGAUGGUUUAUUGUGGGAGAUGGACAAUAGAAGUUAUGAAGAGUUGCUCAAAAAGUUCAAUGAAAAGGAGGAAGAGCUCAGAGUUUCCAAUUUUAAGCUUACACUUUCGGAACAAGAGAUUAUCAAGUUGAAUGUUCAAGUUGAGAAUGGCGAGGCUCAACUUAAUAAUGUGCGUGAAGAAUUGAAGCUGAAAGAGGAGGAACUGAAUAAACAAAAAGAGCUUUCUGAAGAAGAGAUUGUCAUGUUGAAGAUUCAAAUUGAGAAAAGUGAGAAUCGGCUUGAUAAUGUGCAUGAAGAAUUGCAGCUGAAAGAGGAGGAAUUGAAUAAACAAAAAGAGCUUUCGGAAGAAGAGAUUUCCAAGUCGAAGAUUCAAAUUGAGAAAAGUGAGAAUCAGCUUACUAAUGUGAAUGGAGAAUUGAAGCGGAAAGAGGAUGAACUGAAAAAUCAAAAAGAGCUUUUGAAAAAAGCGGUUUCACAUAUGAAGUCUUAUAUUGAGAAAAGUGUGAAUCGGUUUAAUAAUGUGAAUGAAGAAUUGAAGCUGAAAGAGAAGGAACUGAAUAAACAAAAAGAACUUUCAGAAGAAGAGAUUUUCAAGUUGAAGACUCAAAUUGAGAAAAGUGAGAUUCAGCUUCAAGUGACACGGGAAAAUAUGGCCAACUCAGAAUUGGAGUUAGUUUCAGAGAGACAAAAAAAUCAAAUGCUUGGAGACUUGGUUAAAACGUAUAAGGCUAAUGAAACUAAUCAAGAGCAAGAGGUCCGAAAAUUGAAGUCGGAAUUGCUUGACUCGCAGGCUAAGUUCUCUUUUGAUAUUGCAGAUAUUUCAAAACUGAAUAUGGAAUUGACCUCUAAACUGAAGGAUUGUCAGUCCAGAAACAAGGAAUUAGAAAACAAAUUAAGCCGAGACAGAGAUGCAAAAGUUGCACAAGAAAUGGUUUUGGAAGAAGAAAUCAAUUGUCUGAGGGAAGAACUUGGUCAGAAAAUGCAUCUUGUUGAAGCCGCGAAUAAGGAAAAGGAGAUGGUAGUGAUUGAAAGGAAUGAAGCAAAAGCUAAGAUUAAAAAGCUUGAGCAUGAGAUAUUUUCCUGCAAAGCUGAAAAGUUGAAACAUGCAGAUUUGCAUGCUACUCAACAAAAGUUUUUGCAAGAUGAAAUCAUGUCUUUGAGAAAAGAACAUGGACAGAGAAUGGACAUGGUAAUGGUUGAACUAGAUGAAGCCAAUGUAAUGAUUGCUAAUUUGAAAGCUGAGAUAUGCUCCCGCGACGAUAAAAUAUCAAAUAUGAAGAAACAUACCGAUGAUGUAAAAACAUCAUUGAAGGGGCUGAUGAUUGACUAUGACACUGCACUGAAAGAAGUAAACGACUUGAAACUGAAAGUGGGAGAACUCGAAUUCGAGGUGACUAGACAGAAUGGUGUGAUCUCAGAUAUGGCUAAGGGGAAGAAUAAGGAAGCACUUAGACAAGUACAUGACUACUAUGAGGGUAAACUUGAGAUCUACAAGACUGCAUAUAAUGAACUUCUUCAAAAAUCAUAUAGCUAAAGGUGUCGCGGCGGUCGUGCUGUUAUAGCUUCCUAAAGUUACAUUUAGUUGUUUCUGGUCUUUUUUUUUUUUUUUGUUCUAUAGAUCUUUGGUUCUUAUUAGCUUUUUAUAUCAGUUUCAUAAUCGUUCCUACUAUGCACAAGGGCCAUUUACUUCGUUGAUUUUUUAUAAUACGUUGUUUU